UUUAGUCUGUAAGCGGUUUAGGAGAGUGUGUUGGUGACAUAGAGAGAGCGCGCGCCUUCGGUUGCGUACGAUUCAUCAUGGCGAGUGCUACAGCCGUCCCCUCAUCAGCAGCGAACGCUCCAUCUCUCAAGGGCUCUGGUAAAGGUGUAUCCAGCAGUAACGGCAUGGAUGACAGCGUCCACAGCUUCAAGGCAGCUGACCUGGUCAUUGAGCUGUCCCACAACCACAAGGCCAAACCUGACCUGACCAACCUGGUGUUUGGAACUGUGUUCACUGACCACAUGUUGACCAUAGAGUGGACCAGCUCUGGAGGCUGGCAGAAACCUCACAUCAAGCCCUUUGGUAACCUGUCUCUCCACCCGGCCUGUUCAGCCAUGCACUAUGCUGUACAGUUGUUUGAGGGUAUGAAGGCAUACCGCGGUGCAGAUGACAAAGUACGUCUCUUCAGACCCAUGCUCAACAUGAACCGUAUGGCCAAGUCUGCAGAGAGGGCCUGCCUGCCGGCCUUUGACAGGGCAGAGUUGGUAGAGUGUAUCAGGAGACUGGUACAGGUGGAUCUGGAGUGGGUACCCCAGUCAGACACUGCCAGUCUCUACAUCCGACCCACCUUCCUGGGUACUGAGCCGUCUCUAGGAGUGAAGAAGCCGUCCCAUGCUCUACUGUAUGUGAUCCUGAGUCCUGUUGGUUCCUACUUCAGCACAGGAGCUAAGCCUGUCUCUCUCUGGGCCGACUCCAAAUACAUCAGAGCCUGGAGAGGAGGGACAGGAGACUGUAAGAUGGGAGGGAACUACGGAGCAUCUAUCUACGCCCAGUAUGAAGCAGUGGAUUAUGGGUGCCAGCAGGUCCUCUGGCUGUACGGAGACGACCAUCAAAUCACAGAGGUCGGAACCAUGAACAUGUUCCUCUUCUGGAAUAAUGAGAAAGGAGAGGAGGAGCUGGCAACACCCCCUCUGGAUGGAAUCAUCCUCCCUGGGAUCACGCGGCAGAGCAUCCUGGAACUCACCAGGAAAUGGGGGGAGUUUAAGGUGUGUGAACGCUACCUGACCAUGGCAGACCUGCGCUGUGCUCUGAAAGAGAGCCGUGUUAAGGAGAUGUUUGGCUCUGGUACUGCAUGUGUGGUCAGUCCUGUGGGACGCAUACUCUACCAGGGAGAGAACCUACAUAUCCCCUGCCAGGAGGAUUGUCCCCAGCUGGCCUCUAGACUGAUGAAGGAGCUCACAGAUAUACAGUACGGCCGGACCCAGAGUGACUGGUCUGUCCUCGUGUAACCAAGACACAGUGGUGUGGGAAUCUGGGACAAGCACACACACACUGUAUAUGCAUAUACACAGACAUACAUGCACACACACACAAAAGCAUGUAGACAUACAACAUAAAAGCAAUACAGGAAUUUCUUGCGCACAUAAAUCCAUGCAACAACACCACAAACACACACACACACACCAAAUAACCAGACGGCAGUGUAACCUCUAUAAAUGUGAGCUCUUUCAAAUGUGCAAUAAUCUUACUCAGAUUGCAGGAUACUGGAUGUUCAAUUUGAAGUUCCAUAGGGUCAGUAGCAAUAUUAUUCCACUCUAACUCCGCUCAAAUUGUGCACGACUUCCCCAUUCACACACCCUGCCCUCUGCAGAACUGACACACAGACAGUGCAGAUCUCAAUAGUCUGCCCUGGCGUGGCAGCCCUGCUAAAGGGUUGACAUUCAAAUAUUACCAGCAGAAGAUUUCGAGGGGUAGCAAUGACCAGCAACUAAUGUUAAACCACUUUGACUCAAUAGACCUUUAAAAGGGUAAUGUUACCUAUGAAGGUUAUUAUGUAUUUCAGUAUCAUUAUAUGCAAGUGUGUGUUUGAAUCGUGUCAUGCGAAAACGUUAUUUCUGAAUAUGGUAUUUCUAUUUUGAAUGGAGGAUUUUAGAAUUUUAUUUUGAACAAAUAUAACUAUUUUAAAGUGAGCUUAAAUGGCGGAGCAAGUUUCUCAUGGAAAGCACGUUAGUACAGCUAAAAGAGAAUAAUGAAUUCAUUAAAAGAGGGCUCUGAAAGAACCCCUGAUAUAUCAUGUCUUAAGCUUUGAACCUAGAGAGUGGUAGAAUGAUACACAAAUCACUGGUAUCAAAGAAAGCAAAGACUAAGUCUAAGUAGCACAACUAUUGGUAAUAUCAUUCCAUGCCAGUUGCUGUGCACAUUCAAUAUUAAAAUGUAUGUUAUCUCUACAAUCUGUUGAUAGGAAAACUGACAUCUAAUCAAACGUCCCUUUGUCACAAUAAUAACAAUGGUGAUUUGUGUAGAGGUGUUCUAUCUUGGACCAAUGUCUGUCAUUUACUGUAGACCUGUAUUGCCUUGAUUGACCUAUCUCUCUAUCUGUAUCUAGAAAGUGAAGCACAAUAUCUGUUUUAUGUAAAGUUCUAUAUAUACUUAAAUGUAAGACAUAUAUUUAUGGAAUCAAUGCAAUGCGUCGAGUGAUACAAUAUUGCCUAUUCUAUUGAUCCAAAUAAUAAAUACGCACCAAAACAUAA